AAUCUCUACUCUUAAAUGGAAGCUAAAUUAGCUUUCCUCCUGCUGGGCGUGUGGGAGUGUUGGAGGUCAGCACUGAUUCUAGCCUUUUUGUCUCCUGUCCACGUGUGCCACCUGCACUGGUUGCCAGCAUGCCAGGCCACAAAAGCAGAGGCGUAUGCCCUGACAGCUGCCUGCUGCCAAAGGGAGAGGGGCUGCAGGAGUAGGACUAUGUCCACCAUGGUGUACCCAAGGGAGGAGAAACUGGACAAGCUGAGCCAAGAGGAGAUCAUUUCCAACACCAAGCUGGUGAUGCAAGGGCUGGAAGCACUCAAGAAUGAACACAACUCCAUCUUGCACAGCUUGCUGGAGACCAUUAAGUGCCUGAAGAAAGAUGAAGAAGCCAAUCUCGUGCAUGAGAAAUCCAACCUGCUCCGCAAAUCAGUGGAGAUGAUUGAACUAGGGCUUGGAGAAGCUCAGGUGAUGAUGGCAUUGUCCAACCAUCUGAAUGCUGUGGAGUCAGAGAAGCAGAAGCUGCGUGCUCAGGUGCGGAGACUGUGCCAGGAGAACCAGUGGCUGCGUGAUGAGCUUGCCAACACCCAGCAGAAGCUGCAGCGUAGUGAACAAACUGUGGCUCAGCUGGAGGAGGAGAAGAAACACCUUGAGUUCAUGAAUCAGCUGAAGAAGUAUGAUGAGGAUGUCUCACCUUCGGAGGAGAAGGAGGGUGACUCCACCAAGGACUCCCUGGAUGAUCUGUUCCCAAAUGAGGAGGAGGAGCAUGGUCCCGGAUUGCCCCACCAGCACAGCAGUGCUGUGGCAGCUGCCCAGCAGGGAGGUUAUGAGAUUCCUGCACGCUUGCGCACCCUCCACAACCUUGUUAUCCAGUAUGCGUCACAGGGGCGCUAUGAGGUGGCUGUGCCGCUCUGCAAGCAGGCGCUGGAGGAUCUGGAGAAGACAUCAGGCCACGAUCACCCUGAUGUGGCUACCAUGCUCAACAUUCUAGCAUUAGUGUACAGGGAUCAGAAUAAAUACAAAGAGGCAGCACACCUUUUGAAUGAUGCUCUUUCCAUCCGUGAGAAGACUCUAGGCAAAGACCACCCAGCGGUGGCAGCAACUUUGAACAAUCUGGCUGUUCUCUAUGGCAAGAGAGGGAAGUACAAAGAAGCAGAGCCACUGUGUAAGCGAGCCCUGGAGAUCCGUGAGAAGGUUCUAGGCAAAGACCAUCCUGAUGUGGCCAAGCAGCUGAACAACCUGGCCCUGUUGUGCCAGAACCAGGGCAAGUAUGAUGAAGUGGAGUACUAUUACUGCCGGGCCCUGGAGAUCUAUGAGAGCUGCCUGGGUCCUGAUGACCCCAAUGUGGCCAAGACCAAGAACAACCUGGCUUCCUGUUACCUGAAGCAAGGAAAAUACAAAGAUGCAGAGGUGCUGUAUAAGGAGAUCCUUACCCGUGCUCACGUGAAGGAGUUUGGCUCUGUGGAUGAUGAACACAAGCCAAUCUGGAUGCAUGCAGAGGAGAGAGAGGAGAUGAGCAAGAGCAAACACAGAGACAGUGCUCCCUAUGCUGAGUACGGUGGCUGGUACAAGGCCUGUAAGGUUAGCAGCCCAACUGUGAAUACCACUCUGAGGAACCUGGGUGCACUGUACCGGCGCCAGGGCAAGCUGGAGGCAGCGGAGACCUUGGAGGAGUGCGCAGUUCGCUCUCGGCGACAGGGCAUUGACCCAAUCAACCAGACAAAGGUGGUGGAGAUCCUGAAGGAGGGUGAUGGCACAGAGAGACGUCGGAGCCUGGGAGGCAGCGUCAAGUACGAGAAUGCCACAGACGGUAGCGAGGAAGUGAGUAUGGGCGUGGAAUGGAGCGGGGCUUAAAUGCCUCCCGAGACUCCCUCUUUCCCCUCCACUGCAGUCACCUGGAUGUUUGUGUUGUAUCUUCCGACUUUUCCUCCACACCAUCCCUCCUUCCUCGGCGAGAACUCCACACCAGUCCCCCAACCCUCCCGGCGCGCGAGGGCACCGUGAUGCCUGCAGAGGAGUGCCUGGCCACGUGGCCCAGCUCCAGUCCCAUGGCCAGCAAGAGCAGGAAGAAUCUGCGAGGAGCUGCCCACUCCCCCAGGCCAGGGUGACGGGCCACCGUCCCCUUGCAUGCCCCCACCCCCAGCCUGCCCUUGUACAUCCCUGGGGACCAGGCCUGCAGGGGCUUGUCUUCAGUCCAGGCAUGGUGACUCCACUGUCAUUAGACAUCCUCAACCCUCCUAGCUUAUUCCUUCCAUCUCUACAGAAGCACGAAGAUGGGUGGCUGUUAUGGGACAGCAAGGCCUGGCCUAGGCAGGGCUGUCAUGUGCCCAGUUGCUUUCUUCCCUGUAGGCUUAGCUGAUGUUAGUGCUCUGUAGCAAACCUGCGCUGGUCCCUGGUGAGCUGGGCUCUUCCUGCAGCACAGGGCAGUCCCUAUCUUGCUACCCUUCUCCCUGCUGAGCUCAGCAACCCAGGGGCAGUAUGUGGGUCUCUCUGCAGGGCACAGGAGUAUAGGACGACCCAUAGAGCUACUGGACAUCCAAGACAAGGUGAAGGGGUGACAGCCAAGGGCCAUGCAUGGAACAGGGACCUGCCAGCACAGGCAUGUUUGGCUGCAACCUCCUGACUGGAUGCUGUAGCCACGUUCCUCACCUGUUGGCAUUAAGGGGUGAAUCAGCUCCCCAUUGCUGUGGGGUUCCUAGGUGUGGCUGGUGGGAGAAGCAGGGCUGAAGUUGUUUGCUGUUCCUUGGAGGCAGAGGAAGGGUAGGAGGAAAGAACUUUCCUGCAAGGGGUCAGAUCCCAGGCCAUUAGAAGUGGCUGAGAUGGGGAAAGGACUGGUUUGGAGCAGAAUGGUUGGGAGAAAAAGGAGGUGCAAAGAAGGAUGUGAGGAAGGGAGGAGCUGGGGCUGGGGAUGCUCUGAGCAUGUGGGAGCAGGUGGGAUGGCUGGAGGGAGGUUGCCAUGGGGGAAGGGGCUGGAUUGCUCAUAGGUGGUCCCUGGGGCUGACUGCAGUCUGUCUGUCCCUAGCCAAGUGGGUGGGAAAUCUGUAACCCAAUUAACUGCUAGGAACACAGUACUGACCCUGAGGGUCUGUGGGGGUGGCUCAGUGCCUCUGAUUGGUACUUCAGGCCUUCACAGGAUCUGGUGCUGCUGGUCACUACUGGGAAAGGAAAUGUUUCCCAGAGUCAGACUACCACUGUUCUGAGUCUCACACCCUUGGGUUUACACAGUCAUCCUGCCUCCUAUGGGAAGUGAACCUCCCUGGCCCUCCUAUCUGGGAAGAAAGCUGAGGAGGCUGCAGCCAGCAGGAUAGAGCCCAGAAGCCAGCGCAGGACUCUUCCUUGUUUUUUUAGCUAGAUUGUUUCUCUCGUGCUAGUCUUCUGGCAGGUUAUGAUGCUAAAUGUGCCUGUGUCUGUCUGGGCCUGGCUUUCCUGUGGUGGUGCAAAGGCCUUGGGGUACAUGCAUGCUGCUCCCCUGGGCGCUUGUGCUUGCUGAAAGGAAGCUUGUCCUCUGGAUCAUGGGCUGUGGAGCCCAAGACCAAGUGCUCCAGGGCUGUGCCUUCCCUGCCUCUCCUAGUGCUGCUCCAUGGUCCUGGAGAGUUGUGAGUCCCCAGGGCAGGGUGCAUUUGGACAUUGGGGCCACCUGACCCUGUGCUCUGCCAUGUCCUGGACCUGGUACUGUAACAACCAUACCUCUAAUUAAAGGUAGACAGACCCAAA